AAAUUCUAAUUAUUCACAACACUUUCGAGACAUUGCAUACCAAUAUUUUAAGAGUAUGAUGUAUUCAUGUGUUGGAGAAAGGUUCAAGGACGGUUCUGCUGAAAAAUAUAAACAAUUUAAAUAUACAGCAAUGACAACUGAUGACAUCAAAGUGAGAUAUUUAAAAGACAAUUGGAUUAAUGCCUUUGCUCUAUACAGUGAAGAUAGUGACGAAUGCGGUAAAGAUAAUUGUGUGUACUGCAAUGAUUGCAACAGUAAACAUUGGAAAGAAAAUUUUGACAACUGGUCAAGUGGUGACUCUAACAUUGAUAAAAUAAUUAAAGAUACACAACUCAAAGCAAAAAAAAAUUACAAAAUAAUUGAAUGGAUUAAAUUUUCAAAUUUAAAAGAUAUUGAAUAUAUUGGUGAGGGCGGAUUUGCAAAAGUCUAUAAAGCUAUUUGGAUAGAUGGUCCAAUUGAAAAUUACGAACCUUGGGAUGUCGAAAAUAAGAGAUGGAAACGAAAAGCUGACACUAUGGUAGCAGUAAAGAAAUUAAGAGUGGAAAUUGGGAUGACGAGUUUGGAGCUUUUUCAAGAGAUUAAAUGCAAUCUGGAUCAUAACUCUUUAUUCAUUAGCAGAGUUUAUGGCGUAACAAAAGAUCCAUCAACACAAGAAUAUGCAAUUGUUAUGCAAUUUCAAAAAAAUGGUGAUAUACGACAGCUAAUACGUAAAAAUCAUGAGGAAUUAAAUUGGAUAAAAUAUAUUGAAGAAGAAUUCAAUACAAGCAAAGAAAAAGAAUGGAAGGAACGAUUAGCUAAAUUAGCAGAUGUUUCAUCGCCUUCAAAAGAAACAAGACAACAAUACACUAGCAGACGUCUCGAUUAUUCCAAGAUGCUUUCACAGAAACUACAGGAACUAUAUAGGAGUGAUAAAAUAUAUGAAGUAGAUACAUAUGAUGAAGAUAAUUAUGAUGACAGCAAACUGAUAGAUCUUGUAAUACCAUAA